CAAGCAACGUGUGUGUCAGAUCCUUCAACUUCCACACCAGAAUGACUCAUCUGUAUUUACGUGAAGAUCGACCAAUCACGCGUCCGAAUGGACGUCAUUACGCUUUGUGCUUCUUCCCUGAGACUCGCUAUUGCGCAGAAAACGACAUGCAAAAAAAAUGCUGAGUCUGCAUAUUAUUAAGAAAGUAGGAAAAGUCAAUGGCCGCGAAUCGUUACUUUGGCCACACUCUUUCAAUAAUUCGGCCAUAGCGAAUGCCGCAUGAUUAAGAGUUUCUUUUUCUUGUGCGUAUGCAUUUGCAUAUUGAAGAGCGAUUUACAUUUCCGGCUUGGAUUUGACUGGCGAGUCAUUCGAGAACGAAGCAAUUUUUGAUCAAUUUCCACGUAGUCAUGGCAGGAAUAAAAUCUAAGAAACCGAGUGCUCUCGCGAAGUUGUACUUGGCGUCGUAUAAUUUUGUCCAGACUUUAGGAUGGAGUUACUUACUAUGUCAGAUUAUACGACAUUACAUUGAGCCUUCCUCUGGUAGUACUUUGUGGGAUAAAACCAAAGUACCUGUAAUUAUUUUUCAGAAUGCAGCUCUAUUGGAGAUAAUGCAUGCAGCAACCGGAUUGGUACCAUCAAGUGUUAUAGUUACAACGUUUCAAAUCUUCAGCCGUGUUAUGCUUGUAGACGGAGUGAUGUUAGCUACUCCUGUCACAUAUGCUGCUGCAUCCCUAGGUCUUCCACUAGCUCUCACUGCAUGGUCUAUUACAGAAAUCAUUAGAUACUUGUACUAUUUCUUAAAUCUUAUUGGCAUUGUACCAUAUGCAUUAGUCUGGCUGAGAUACACCACGUUCAUUGUAUUGUACAUAAUGGGUGUGACUGGUGAAUUGUUGUGUUGCUAUGCUGCUGUAAAAUACGCCAGUGCUAAUCCCUAUGCGUGGAGUUACGUCUUACCAAACAAUUGGAACUUUACGUUUAGCUAUUUGUACUUCAUGAUAGCAUAUAUGCUAAUGUACAUUCCAGGUUUUCCACCACUUUAUUUGCACAUGUGGGCGCAAAGGCGUAAAGUACUUAACCCUGGUGCGAAGAAGUUAAAUUAGCUUAGAAAUCUGUAUAAUAAUAAAAUAUUUUGUUAUACAUAUAAUUUUUAUAUUAUUCUCAUGACAUUUAUAUGUACAAAGAAAAGGAUGGGAGAGGGAUUUAUGUGAAAUGUAAAUGGUAAUUUAUAUGAAAAAAUAGAUUUAUAUAC